AUGUCUUCACUUAAGAGAUCAAAUGAUAUCUACAAAGUAUACAAAAUUUUUGAAGUAUAUGAAAAUGAUUUACUAAUAGCAGAAAAUAAAUUUUUAAACCAUAUUCGCAAUCUUUUUCAAUAUGCCGAAGAAAAAGGAAGGUUGGAUGAUAUCUUUCAUCUUUUAAAAAAUUCUGAAAGUUUCAAAAGAAAUAUUUAUAUUAAAUCCUUCAUUUUUUAUUUAAUGGGAACAAAAUUAUAUAAUAAAAGAAACGCUAGUAAUCUAGAAAUAGAAAAUGCUAUUAAUCUAAUUAAAGAAUCAGCAAAUCUUGGAU